AUUCUCCACAUUAAUGGCGUCGCGACUCGGCAACUUCUUUUUACAGGCACUGAAAAGUGGACCGAUAGGAGGUAUUUGAUAACCUCCUUCUCCUUGGGCUUCCUCUCAUGUAUUAUAUUAUUCAUCAUCUUUCCAACUGUCGUGACUUUUCAUUUGUUUACAAUACUUGUUCUAUAUACUCUAGUUUCAUUUUUGUCAGAUCCUUGGAUCGCACCAUUUUUACCAGUCUUUACAUCUUAAAAUUUCAACAUGGGAGACGGUGAUGGAGAGGGUCAAAAGCCAGGAGGCACCUUCCAGGAGCAUGUGGAAGAUGAGCAACAUUUACUAAGCCCAAACAUCAAUCCACGAGAUGUAGCCCACGAUGAUCUGGCUCCAUUGUCACCGUUACCAUCCAUUACAGAGGGAGCCCCUCUAUCUACAUUACAGUUCAUUGAAGAGGGCCAAGUUCUUCCUCUAAAUCGUGCUGGUACAAUGCCCGUCCAACCACGAGAAGCAGGUCCUUCAGCAUCACCAUCAGGAUCUUCCCAAAAGAACCGUGGAAGAUCCGAAUCCACACCUCAGAAUCCCCAAAAUCCACAGCCGCGACAAUUAUCACCAAGAUCCCGGAUUUUUGGACGAACAUCAAUUAAUUCCAAUGAGGCACCCACUAUUCAUAGCUCCCCAGAGAGACCAGAACGACAUGUAUCAAUCAGAAAUACCGCAAGACCGAGAGCAAAUACCUCUACAGCAUACCCUCAAUUCAACAAUCCUGGUAUGCGUCCCAGGAUGGGGACUUGGGCAACAGGAGCUCGCGCUCGAAAUGGGACUAUUCGUCGUCGACCAACUGUGCGUGUACAAGCACCACAAGAUGCGGAUCAGGAAGAGAAUGUAGAUUUCUCUCUUGCUGGACCGCCUGUGGAGGUUUUGACGACGAAUCAACCAUAUGUUGAUCCUGGAUAUGCGGAUCUUAAUCCUGCUUAUGAACAACCAGCGAAUACUAGACCCGUAUGGGGUCUGGCUGGUCCGCUACCUAGGGUUAUUAGAUCUGGUAUGAUUCCGGCUAGAGAGGAGCUGAAAGUUGAUGUCUCGGCGGUGGAUAAUGGGAAGUAUAAUCAGCAGCAGGAUUUGGAGAAUGAAGGGGAUGUGGAGAUGGGUAGGAUGGAACCUACUCGCUUAGGGCGACUCUCUUCACAAAUACAGGGUAGACGUAGGAGCGCGAGCAGGUUGAUUCACGGGCUUGGUCGGAGUGAUUCUGGCUAUCGUCGGACUGAUCAUUCGCCUGUGUCUCCUGGAGUGGGGGAAAAUCAACCGUAUAGCCCGCAAACUCAGCCGAUCAAAGAGCAGGAUGGUGGAAACCCGAAGUUGAAUGAUAUUCCUGAAAUAGUUGGGCAAACGCAAAACCCCGAAGGAGAUGGGUGGUACCCAGAUGAUGCUGCUUCAGCAAAAACAGAGCAUGAAGAAGCUGGCAAUUGGGAAGGAGAGGACUAUCUGGGUUACGGACCCGAAGAUGAGAUUCACAAUCUCCACACAAGAUGGAGUGAGAUACGUCUGAAAUUCCGAGAACCUCUUGCUGAGCUCCUGGCCGUUAGUCCAAGUUCCCCCUCCCUCAUGACAGCCAUUAACUUAAGCAGGUCACCGUUCAACUCACACUCGGCUUCAGCGCAAAUCUAGCCUCGACAGCAGCUGGCAACAACGCUCCCACAGACCUAGCAUGGGGCCUCGCAACCAUGGUAGGAAUCUACAUCGCAGGAGGAAUCUCCGGCGCGCACCUCAACCCCGCAAUCUCCAUCAUGCUCUGUAUCUUCCGAGGAUUUCCCCUCCGCAAAGUACCCAUCUACAUCGCGGCCCAACUCUUAGGCGCUUUCCUCGCAGCCCUCAUCGCCUUCUCGCUCUACCAGCGCAGCAUCCUCCAACUCAACCCCAGUCUCGCCGACAGCGGAACCCUCAGUGCAUUCAUCACCUACCCACGCCAAACGCACAUCACAGGCGCCCUCGGCUUCGGCACCGAAUUCCUCUCCACCUCCUUCCUCGCCAUCGCCGUCCUCGCCAUGGGAGACGACACGAACGCGCCCCCGGGGGCAGGCAUGUCGGCUUUCAUCAUCGGUCUCACGAUCACCAUUCUCAGCAUGGCAUUCUCCUUCAACACCGGUGCGGCGAUGAAUCCCGCACGGGAUCUGGGCCCCCGACUGGCGGUCCUGGCGUUGGGGUAUGGAAAGAGUGUUUUUGAGAAUGCGUAUUGGGUUUAUGGACCGGGGUGUGGACCCCUGCUGGGCGCGGUGGUGGGCGCGUUUGUGUAUGAUGUGUGUAUUUUUGUGGGUGGGGAGAGUCCGGUGAAUUAUCCAAGGAAGAGGAUUCUGGGCGUGGGGAGUAAGUGGCGGAGGAGGGUUGGGGGGAAGUUGGGGAGGGGGAGGGAGGAGUAA